AUGUUUGUUUUAUUGAUGCUGUUGGCUUUCGCUGUAGACACUUUGGCGUUAUCGAAGGUUUAUGAAGUCGAAAUAGAUUUGCAGCAAGUGUUCAUGCAUGGUAAACCACUACCUAGGUUUUGGACUAGCACUGGAUUGUGCCCUCCGGCACCACGGGAGAAAGUUGCUGAUUUUUUGCUUUCUAAUGAUAGUUUGCUCAAUUUGGAAAUCAUUGGAUCGUUACCAAGCGAAGGAUUGAAACAUGUUAGGAUUCAUUGGUUAUUGGACAUGAUCACUUUCUCGCAUUACGAUGAACGAAAGUCAAUUUUCUAUGACUUUUCCCGCUUGGACGCAUUUUUGGAUAAAAUCCACGAAUUUGGACUGUACCCAGGCUUCGAAUUUAUGGGAAUCCCGGCCAGUGUCUAUAAUGAAGAACGAAAACACCGUUUCGCGUACUUUUGGUCCGAUCUGGCGAUGCAAAUGGCGUCGCACUAUAUGCGUCGAUAUGGGAUGCAGUAUGUAUCUAAGUGGAGAUCUGAAACAUGGAACGAACCUGAUUUGAAAAAUUACAAUGUUGCGAAUUUCACCGUUGAUGAUUACAUCACCCACGUUCGAUCAAUUCGGUUCGGCUUGGAUGCAGCUGGACGGCUUUUCAACAACCUUCAGAUACCGUUACGUGGUCCAGCGGGUCUAUUCAAAUCGAAAGAACAUCAUCCUUUUUGCUGGACUAUACUAGAAUUGUGCAAUGACUCACCUAGAAAGUGUCCUUUUGAAACCAUAACGUUUCAUCGUAAAGGGAGUGGACUACGGGCGGAUGAAAUUCUACAAGGUGGUCUGUUAUUGAUGGAACAGCUAAAGGAGAAGUUUCCUAAGAUAAAUCAAUUGCCGUUUUCAAAUAAUGAAGCAGAUCCCAUCGCCGGGUGGUCAACUCCACGUGUGUUCCAUUCUGAUCUCAGGUAUGGAACGAUGUUGGCAUCGACAGUAUUACAGCAUUGGUCUGCGUUAUUCAACGGGCGUUUCGCAAAUUUGGAGUCAAUUUCCCAUGACAAUGGCUUUCUCAGUUACCAUCCAUACGAAUUCGAUCAGAGGACCCUUUUGGCGCGCUUCCAGAUGAAUCUGACUCACCCGAGACAUGUUCAGUAUGUAGCAAAGCCAGUGUUUUCCGUGCUCGGAAUGCUUGCCGGCUUAGGACCGAUGGCAACGGAUAUCAGUUUCGUCAGCCAAAAUAUCAGUUAUGUCGUAUCAUAUCAAGAGGAUCCUUUCUAUUUAUGCACUCUCUUGAUAUCAUCCAACGAUACGUUUGACUCGAUAGAAAGACGUCAAGUGUUAACUUUAAACGUUACUUUGAACAAUCAGCUAUCACAGCAAACUAUUGGGUAUAUAGUUGAAGGACUCCAAAGUGGUCUAAACGAUCCAAACCAUAUCUGGACUUACUAUGGAAAGCAGCCAUACCCUACUGCAUUUCAGUUUAAACAAAUGCGAUCCGCUCAAUUCCCAAGCAUUCUCGACGGACCUACUAUUCUUAGAGAUGAUACGAAGAAUGUUACUCUCACCUUAAAUCUACGUACACCUUGGAUGGCGACCGUGCGGAUGUGUAGCCUGCAAUUCUCAAAACCAACCGCCCUCCACAACAUCAGAACCCGAAACAUCAACACAAACGAGGUUAUAAUUUUCUGGCACGAAAAGCCAUCCGAUGUGAGGUGUACCGUCAACUACGAGGUGUGGUUUAGCAAAUCUAAUCGAUCGAUCGCGUGGCGACAAAUUAAUUCCGGGAAACAUACGCCGUUUUUGGUCUAUCAUUAUGCACCAGAUGGCGGCGCAGCUGGUGUGACGGGUCUGUACCGGGUGCGUUCCGUUGAUGUGUUCGGCCGCGUUGGCGCUUUUUCCAAAGCUCAUUAUCAUGACGGCUGAUUUUUUAAUCAAUUCGAACUUUUAAUUAUCCCCGUUUGGUGGUUUCCCGAAUGUAGCCGGGUAAGUAUAUACGUAUGUGUGUGUUUGCAGUGCGCUCAGCACGCACCCGAAUGCUAAUUAAAUUAGGUUCAACUCCUGUGCGUAUGCGAAUGGUGAUGGCCGUGGGGUGGCCAGUGUGGGGGGCCCUGGUAUGGGGUAUUGUAUGGUAUUGAUAGGUAGCGAUCGGGGGGUUUGGAGCACAUUUUUUAUCUGGCUAAAAUGAGCUGGACUUAUUAACAGAGCUUAUGGGGAGUAACUGCAGAGCAUCCACAAAAUUAUAUACCCAGCAGGUAGGAGAAGAAUAGUUAACAAUGAUUCAUAGUGAAUUAUUCACACAACUAUUAGGUACCUCCAUUUAGUUCCAAUAGUAUCAGAAAAGGUUUUCGGUUUUGUAGUGACAUUUACUGCACCAAAUAAAAUAUUGCUUUAUGAUUCUGUAAUAAAUGAUUUUUGAAUACGAAA